AGACAGACAGACAGACAGGGACAGGGACAUGUUAGCUCUUCCUGGGGAGAGAGGGAAACUCUAGGAGUACGGUGAGAGAGAGGAGAACAUGGUGGGGUAGCUUUGAGUAUACGUCCGUUCACUUGCUAACAACGUUCUAACACAGUCUGAGCCGUUCCUUACUUCUUCUCCUCAUGGGACAUCUUGCUUUGUCUUCCAACACAUCCUUUAGAUUGCUGCAGGACACUAAACAGGAGGGAUGUGAGGGAGAAAUGAAAGCUUUGUCGUACGACUGUCCUCAGAUGGUAUAACAAAACUGCAUACUCCCAACCUUCAUGUACACCUUACCCAUUCUCCAUAUAAAGGAAAAGGAUUGGUCCAUUGAGCCUGUUCCGCCAUUCAACUAGAUCAUGCUGAUCACACCAUUUUCCUGCAUUAUCCCCAUAUCCUUAAUAUCCGGAAAUCCGUUUGUUCUCAGUCCUGAACAUAUUCAGUGCUUAAGCUCAUGAAGCCCUCUGGGUAGAGAAUUUCAAAGAUUCUCCACCCUCUGAGUGAAAGAUCUUACCCUGUCCUCGCCUCUGCGCACACCCACCUUCAGAUCACUCUCUGUAGCUGGUACCAUCCACUGGUGCUGGAGAACCUCUGCAGAAGGUGGCAAUGCUAGUAGGAAACGGAAUGGUGAGGCAACAAUUAGGGCUCCUGCCUUAUUGGAAAUUUAAAAAAAUACUUUGAAGGCUUGGAUAACUGACUGGAAUGUGUGAGGAAUUGUGGCUUCCAGUGGUAAAGGCUUUGCAGGAUCUGAUAACUUUGGUGCUGCCAGUCUCCAGGCUGAUGCUGCUGCUAUCUUUCCAGCAGGCACAGUGUUAGAGGGUUAUGGCAGGCUGGACGAGAUAGCUCAAUGUCGCCAAGCUGGGAUCCUAGCAGCUGGAGUACAGAGCCAUCAGGCUGCCAUCAUACUCCCACACCCCAGCUCUCUCACCUCAGGUUUACUGGGACUCAGCCAGGCUCUCAGAUAAAAGAAAGGCAAGCAGCAUUUGAGAUUACUACGCGCUACUGUUCAAAGGAAAUGGAGGCGUAUGGGCAAUGUGUGGCUUCUAACCCGUCCACUUGGCAGAUGGACUGUCACCAGCUAAAAACCAGGGUCGCACAAUGCACAUCAUCACACCCAGUCAUUCAGAAGAUCCGUGCAGAAUGUGCAGAGCCCUUCCUGGCUUUUGAACAGUGUUUGAAGCAGAACCAAUCUUCUGUCGUGAAUUGCACAGACCAUGUCAAUGAGUUCCUGGCCUGUGCAGAGAAGGUCAAAAUGCCAGCUUUAGGAGAAGCUGUGCAGCAAGGAAUGUGAGGGUCUGACAGGCUUGGUCUCAUUGCCGCCACACAUUCCACUUGUAGGCAGCUGCCCAAUCAAGAGCCUUCCUGUGAUGGGUGAUGUGUGACCUGACCAGUCAAGAUUGGAAGAAGGAAGCAAAGGGCUGUGGACUUUUCUGUUGAAAUUAAUUUACAUUUGGAAUGAUGUAACGUUUAAAUCAGAGCUUUUUCAUAAAGGGAGGUGCUGUAAGAGCACACUGUUUUAAAAACA